UAGUUGUAAAUAAUAAAUCAUAGCCGUCAUAUCUUAAAAUAUAAUUAUAAUCUCACAUACAGUCAACGAUGUAGUGUAAUACACGAUACGUAAAAUAAUGCAAUAAUGAUAGAUAAUUGAAGUCGCUUUGUUUACUAUUUGUUUAAUAAAUGAAAUGAAGUUCAUAUCUGUGCACGGAGUUCUCUUCGUCGUGUUGGUAUCAAUUCUACUUACAACUCCAUCGUUUGGAUGUCGCGUGCAAGAUGCGCUCUUGGAAAGUGAAUUCGGUGAAGAAUUUCCCGUGGAAAACGAACAUCAAUCUGCUAUAAACAGUGAUUAUAACGUCAAUUCAUACCAAUCGAGAUAUCACUUUCCUUUGCAGAAAAAGACCAUCAGUAGUAAAUACUGCAGGUUUCGUAAUCUGAAUCCCUACCCGCAAGAAUUAUGGAUUUGGCUGACAUCCGGAAUGUGUUACUAUUACAGAGAUAAUUCUAUGUUUAAGCAAAAAUUAAACUUGACAACCGUAGCUUAUCCUUUCAACAACAGAAGCUAUAGCCUUCUGGCUAUUGUGGUAAAUCAAACGUAUGGCUUAUUAUUUGAUUAUACCAAUGAAGAAACCAAUGCGUUGGUGGCAAAUUCAUUUUUAUCGGAGAGAUUUUACCAAAAAUGGUAUGACUGUGCCAAGGCAGCCGAUACAUGUUGCUCUGAAUCAAUGGAUGCCGAAAAUAUAUAUCCCAGCGAAGAAUAUCCCUGUCCAGUAAUUUGGGAUGCUUGGUCCUGUUACCCACGGGCAAAAGCGGGAACAACGGCUAUGAAGGAAUGUCCCCUUUACAGUGUCUCUGCUGCUUCAUUUCCAUGCACACUUUACAGUCAAAAACAAUGUUUCUCCAAUGGAACUUGGAACUCUAAUACGGACUAUGGGGGCUGUUCGUCUGCUCCACUGUUUCGUAGAAGGAAUAGUUUCCACGUUACUGUACUGUACAUAUCGAUUUUCCUAUCGUUCCCAGCAGUUAUAAUCUUUUUGAGUUACGAAAAACUAAGAAUUCUCCGAGUUAAUCUGCACAGGAAUCUGCUUAUCGCUUGCAUAUUGAGGAAUAUUUUAACAAUAAUGAGCAAAGUUUUGGUCAUUUUGGACGCUUUGGAUUCAAACGGGUCAAGAACUAUGGCCAACAAUGGGGUGUGGUGUAAAAUUUUGGCAUUUUUCGAGAAUGCAGCAGUCAAUUCCAUUUACGCUUGUAUGGUGAUAGAUGGUUUUUAUUUACACAAAUUGAUAGUAAGGGUAUUCAGCGACGAUCCAAACCCCCGUGUAUUGUACCUUGUCACUAUAGUUUCCAGUUUCCUACCUUCAAUUGUUUGGGCCAUAGUCAGAGCAACUUUGUACGACACUAGUUGUUGGAUGUCGGACACGAGAGGAUAUUCCUGGAUAGGAGACAGCUUUCGUAUGGCCGUUUUGGUCAUAAAUUUUCUUCUACUUUUGGACAUUUGUAGAGUUCUAUUAGUCAAACUGCGGAGAAACAAUACCAGCGCACAAACCAAGUCUACACUAAAAGCAAUGAUAUUUCUUGUUCCUUUAUUUGGAGUCCCUUUUCUUCUAACCGUAGACACAAGGAUUGCAGGAAGGUCUUGUACCUUUGGAGACAUUUUUCACUAUUUCAGUUACAGCUUUCAGGCACUACAAGGCGUUUGUGUGGCUUGCAUUUUCUGUUACUUCAAUAAAGAGGUGCAAAAUCAUCUGAAGGGUACAUACAGAAAAUUAAGGAUAAAUUUGGAAGAAAGAUACGGUUGGCCUAAAAGACGCAGUACCUCAUAUUUAAGACGAGCUACAGCCACCACCCUGGUGGGUCGGCCAAGUAAUUACAAUCCACCGAGACAACCACCACCUAAUUCGGAUAUAAAAUACGUACCACCUAAAUUAGGAACCAAUGAAGGAAAGGUAGCUCCUUCAGAAACAAACAAUGCAUCAAGAAGGGUAACAAUAGUUUUAAAACAAGAAACCGAAGAAAAAGAAGCAACAGAUUGUUAAAGGGAUUGUCCAAGUUAAAUAUUUAUUAAAGAAGAAAUAGGAAAUCACUUAGUAAAAUGUCACAAUAAAAUGUAAACAACUUUUGGUUGUUUUCUAUUUAAUAAUAAAACGGCUAUUCAUUACCUUGAA